AUGGUAGCCGCAGCUAGGCGUCCCUACUCAACGACCUACGUCACAGCAAGCACCACAGUCACAACCCCCGUCACAUCAUGGGCCUACUCGACCCUCUUCCCAACAGUCGUCGUCGACAAAACCACAACGACAAUCUUCAUCCGUGACACAAACACCACCAUCGCCACCGUCACCUCGCCCACCGUUGUCUGCACCAACGGCGGCACGCCUGGCCCCACCGUGACAGCGUACAAGGGCUCUUACAUGCCGGUGCCCGGCCAAAACACGACGCUCCCCGCCUCGCACCCCACGCUUGUGUCGUGUACGGCGUACAACACGGCCCUGAUUCACGUCUGGCCAACAGUCCAGGGCGGCCCCGAGUCGACCGUCACGUUGACCAUCACGUCGACGGUCGCCAGCUCCGAGACGACGCGCACCACCGUCACCUCACCUAUCUUCGGAUGUGGGUCUCUUCCUCGAUGCAAGGGCUUGGGAGUCGCUUAA